AUGGACGAGUAUCCCCCGUGCAGCUUGGACCAUUGCUUGCCCUUGGCUGUCGUCCUUGGCCUGCCCGCCAAAUUCGCCCAAGAGUCCUCUCUUGACCACCAGUACAGGGAUGGCGCAACCUUGAUACGAUCGGAGCCGCCCCCGGUGGAAGGAGACCAGGUCGGCGCACUGAUCCAGCAUAUCCGAGAUACGGACGCAUCCGGUUUGCCCUGGAAUGGACGGGAUACGAAUAACUUCAAGUAUAAGUUCCGCUUCAGGACCGCUGGCAGGACCUACCUGCUGCCACCCAAACUUGCCCGCCUUCCCGAUGAUUUCGAGAUCCCUCCCUCCCAGGCUGUAUUACACUCGCCCUUCUCGCCUCUCAGUCCGACGGCGAACCUAUACCCCGAUGGUCUGAUAGACCAGUCAUGGCUCAAGAAGCACCAAGAACUGGUCCCGAGCGUCUUCAUAUGCCUCUACAGCCUCACGGCAGAUGCGACCUUGGCGACCCUCCACGACAACAAGAUCAAGACAGAUAUAGGCGUCUUGAGGAACGCCCUGGCGCAGUCUGGCUGCAAAUCAAAGUUGGCUGUCAUAGUGCUGGUCGACAACAAUCAUGGGGUACAGGAGAGGCUGGAGAACAUUCGCAGAGGCAGCGGACUCGACGCCAAGUCAUUCUUUGCCGUGCCGACAGAUGCCUCGCCGGAUGAGCUAAGCCGCAUAAUGGGCAAUGCCUUGACCACACUGUACGCACAGUCAAUAGAGUACUAUCGCGACCAUGGCAGGCGGGUCAAGAAGAAAAGGGGUCGCGGUGCUGCCCCCCAACCCACUGUUCCACCUGUAUCAGGCACUUCACAAACACUGUCCCUUCCGGGGUGGCACAUCCGUUACGACUUCAAAUCUGCCAUAUUUGCAGAGUACCGCCAGGAGAUGGACGUGGCGUUGCGUUCCUUCGAACAGGCCUAUGAGAAUCUGUUGAGCUCCGAGGUAAUGGCAAUCAUACCUAGUUGGAGCCCGAGGUGGAAUCAGGCCAGGUUCCUAGCCGACGUCAUCGCUGUGCGGUGCAUAAGGUGUCUCAUGUGGAACGACCAGUACACAGCGGCAGUCAGGCGCUGGGAGAACCACAGGGAGAGAAUAGCAGACUUCGUCGACGGACAAGGGCACGGUACCAACAACUACGGCUGGGAGGCCUGGGAGGCACGCUGGGCGGUGGUCAUGGCGAACCUGAUCGAGAAGGCCGACAUUCCCGACUUUGAUCACUCCGCUAUAAGCAUCUAUUUGCCUCCAGAGAAAUCUGUGCAGGCAGAGAGGAUGCAGCCGUGGGAAAUGCUACAUCAUCCAGGCUACUGGUACCGUCUGGCGGCACGACAUACAUUUGCGCGCCGCAAGCUUGCCUUCAGAAUGCCCGAGGACGAUAGGAGAUCACCGAGCGAAUCGCCAGCCUCCAAGCUGGCGUCAAAAGCCUUUAGGUACGACAGCUAUAUGUGCCCCGAGCCGUAUGACGAGCUGCCUCUGGCUCGGUCGGGGAUUAACCACUCCCAAAUAAUCCUGGAUUACCUCCUUUCCGCACAGUCAUAUUUCAUGAAAAAGCAGCAGCAGCGACUCGCCGCCGAGGUCUCUUUAGAGUGCGCCAAAGAGCUGGCUGCUGUCAAGGACUGGUCGAAUGUGGUUAAAAUCUUACGUCCCUUCUGGGACGAACUAUCUUUUCGACGAGAUGGCUGGCCAGAGAUUACCGAAGACAUGUGUUGGGUAUUGAGAGCUGCAGCAGUCGAUACCGUUCAGGCUGAUCUGGUUGUGUCCAUUGACUGGGAGCUGCUGAACAACAGGUUCAAGAAGCAUCCCAAAUGGCACUACGAUUUGACCAGGUCUCUCGAUGGCGUCAAUGCGCCAAGGCCAUCCAUAGAUCUAAACGACGAGCUGGGCACAUCCUUCAUCAUGCCUUCAUUUGUCUUCCGCCACGAGGAAGGCAAGGCCGGGCUUACUUGCCAAGCUCAGCUGUCCAUAACAUCAAACGCGGUGUCCGGGUCCGCACCCAUCGCCUUGGAGAGCAUCAUCCUGAGAUUCGACGGCAGUAUUAAGCCUAUAUUGCUUACUCAUAGCCAGGAAAGCAAAGCCGAGGCGGCAAGCCGAGGGUCUGUAUCCUUACACGUUGUCUCGCUGGCCGAGGCCACCACCGAGGCUGAGGAGGAGACCCAGGCCUCCGGAGAGCUCCAUGGUCAACUGCAUUUGAGCGGCACGAGUGACCUUACCAUGGUCCCGGGGCGCACCUCUGUUUUCGAGAUGAAUAUCCCGCUGAGAGAGCCUGGUGAUGCUAGCGCUUCGUCGCUCAAGUUCACUGUCAACUAUGAGGCCUUUUCCCUGACAUAUACUACCAAUGUGCAGAAGGCAGGUACUGGACAUUCCUGGCACACUGUACGAUCAAGCAGACGUAUCGCGCGCACCCAUCCCCAAUCUAUCCGAGUCCUGCCCAGACCUCCUAAGAUGGAGAUCAGGGAGGUGGAAUUCCUCGAGCAAUAUUACACAAAUGAGGUCAUCGAGCUACCAUUUGAUAUUAUCAACGAGGAAGAUGUCGAUGCCAAUGUCAAAUUGGAUGUCGUUCUGCUCAGCGAAGACCCACCAAAUUUCAAGCUGAAGUUUGGCGACGGCGAAGAAAAGCGAGCUUUGGCAGACGGCGAGGAGUGCACACUCCAAGGGGCUCCUCUAGGAUUGAUCAAGAGCUCAGAGUCCUCGCGGGUCACUUUGGUCCUGACAGGUGCGGAGCGUACAGCCGCCUAUACGCUGACCUUGAAGGCGUCCUACAGCCUCGUGACGGACGCUGCAACCUCCAUCAUACAGUCUGCUACUUUCCGCAUCAAUGUAGCCAGCCCAUUCGAGGCAAAUUACGAACUUCUCCCUCGCCUUCAUCCAGACCCCUGGCCAAGCUUAUUCGACCACGAGGGGGUACACAAUCCAACAGCCGAUGCGCCUGGACCAAGCAAUGGCCUCGCGCAAGCUUGGUGCCUCGUGACUCGAUACGCCUCAUUCGCAUCUGAGAACUUGACGGUUCUGGACCUCGAUAUCGAAGUCCAACCUGUGCAUGGCAUACAAUGUCAGACGUCGAAGCGAAGUGUACUCCCACCCGAGGGCCUACAGGUCAGCCCCAAGAACAUCGAGGAGACGCAAUUCGACGUUGCGGUCAAGAGGGCAAACCUGGACGAGCGAACUCCCACGGCACUCGAUGUUUCAUUUAUAAUUAAAUGGGCCCGGCCAGGUGCUGAACCCGGCGCAUCCAACAGGACCCUCCUCUCGGUACCUCGCCUUCCGGUCUUCACAAUGGAGCCCAGGGUCCUGGCGUCUGUUUCGUACGCGAAGAAGGGCGGGCCUGUCGAAGAGACCAUGCAGCUCGAUAUCACCAUCGAGAACCCUUCGAACCACUUCCUUACCUUCGGGCUGACGAUGGACCCCAGCGACGAGUUUGCCUUCUCCGGGGCGAAGCAGACUACGCUCAACCUGCUCCCAAUUUCUAGGAGGACGAUGGCGUACCGAUUAGUUCCUCUGGUCGCGGGUGGCAGCUGGAUCAGGCCGACCCUGACGGUCAAGGACAAGUACUUCCAGAAGGUGUUACGGAUCAUCCCGACGGACGGCAUGAAGGCCGACAAAGAUGGGGUUUUGAUCUGGGUGCCGGUGGCCUCUGAAGACGGGGAUGAGGAGUAA